AUGGUGUCCCAGAAUGUCGUGGCUGCAAUUGCAGCCUUUUCUUUCUUUAUCGGCUCUAGUGCAAGUCCAUGCAUACCGAACUCUUCCCUGUCUAGUGCCGCCACGACAACCUCCCUGGCGGUGAUUGAGACCGGCUCAACCGCCACCGGUGCCACGUCUACCACCGAGACUGCAUCUACUGAUAUCACAUCUACCACCGAGACUGCAUCUACUGAUAUCACGUCAACUACCGAGGCGGUUUCAUCCACCUACGCCACUUCGUCGGCCGAGGCAUCGUCCACCGCUCUCAGCACCACCGCUUACAUCUCCACGACCACUCUCGCCACGACUACAACCACCGUCGCCGAACCGGAGGUAACCCUGCUUGUUAACGGUGGCUUUGACGUCAGCCCUGCCAGCUAUAGCCCCUGGACUAUUUUCUCAGGAGCCGCCCUUGGCGGAAGCAUUGGCACCGACGACACAACGGUCCAGGGGGGUGCUCGUUCUCUCGCCAUCAGAUCGGCUUCCAGCUCUGCUGUGGUCGUGGCCCAGGUACUCGACAAGACCCUCCUCAAGGCCGACAAGGAAUACAAGUUUUCGCUCUGGGGUCAAGUCAGCUCCUCCACUGGGUGCUCGGAUGGUAUCUACAUUUGGAUCGACGCCAACAACCUGAGCCAGGACGUUGGACCGAGGAUUCAUGCUUCUGGUGCGGAUCUUGCUGGGGGCUGGAGGUACAUGGAGGGUUCUUACACGUUUACCGAGGCCAUGCUGAGUGGAGACGACUCAAUCAGGGUCGUCAUCCAAGCACGAUGCAGUAACAGCCAGAAAGCUUGGGUUGAUACUGCACAGCUUGUGGAAGCUCGUCCUCAAACACGCUUCUCGGUACUCGAUAUGGCCAAAGUUCAUGGCAACUGCGAUGGUUGGUUUCAGGAAGUUCGGGCGCUCCUGAAACGGUCAAUCAACUCAGGCGAGGAGCUCGGGGCUUCAAUCACUAUUAACAUAGACGGUGAAGAGCUGGUGGAUAUCUGGGGUGGCUACGCGGAUAAAAGCCAAACCCACCCCUAG